AUGCCUCUUCACGUCACCCCAACACAAAAAGAAACAAUCAGCCCUCAAGCUGCCGAGUUUCUCUCGGCAGCGGAGAGCAUCCCAAUCGAAGCCAUCAACUCAGUAACGCUUACUCGCCAAGUGUUUCAGGCAGCGGAGACUGCUGUAGAAGAAAGCCUCAUCGAGAGGUUCAGACUCGAAAUACGAGAUAUCACCAUGGGGGACGUUCCUGUCCUUGUUAUCAGACCCUCCUCAUCAGAUCUUAGACAUCAAGCGCGAGUUGUCUUUGACAUUCACGGAGGAGGCUUCGUUAUGGGAACGGCUAGAGAGCGCACAGCCCUCAUGAUGGCGGGUGAACUUGGCUUGACUGUCUACUCUGUCAAUUACAGCCUUUCUCCUGAGGUCAAGUAUCCCAUUGCCAUCGAACAAUGUCUUGCUGUCUAUCGUGAGAUGGUUACCAAGUUUGGUGCCAAAAAUAUUGUUGGUGUUAGCAGCUCUGCUGGCGGCCAAAUUAUGUUCUCAACCAUUGUGAGGGCGCAGCGUGAAGGUUUUCAACUACCUGCCGCUCUUGCCUUUUACACGCCUAAUGUUGACCUCUCGGGGGCUGGGGACUCGAAUGUUUUUAAUAAUGACCGCGACACGAUCAGUAACGAAGUUAUGGUUGAGGCAAUGAAUACUCUAUACGCUGGCGGAGUGGAUCUAAAAGACGAGCUAUUAUCACCGAUCUAUGUCAGGCUGGAUGGACCUUUGCCACCCACAAUCAUCAACACUGGUACUAGGGAUUUGUUAUUAAGCCAGUGUGUCAGAUUGUAUUGGAAGUUACGGGACGCAGGGGGUAAAACGGAGUUGCUCGUAUCAGAGGGUAUGUGGCAUGGGUUUAAUUGGGAAUUGGAGCUACCAGAGGCAAUCCGGGCGCGAAAGGCCGUAUACACUUUUAUCCGAAACAUUUUAGAUGAAAUACACGUCUCAUAG